UAAAAAAUGGCUAUUGUUAAUUUUUUUAAAUUAUAUAUUAAUAUUACUAUUUACUUAAAUUAAAAAUUAAUGUUUUUAAUUGUUAGAUGUGAAUUAUAUUUAUUUACAUAAAAUGAUACCACAAUUUGAAUCUAAUGCGUUUGUAGUUAACAGGUCGAUUAGCGCGGAAAAUAAAGCAAUAUUCUAACGUGUGUUUACUUUAAAAAGUGUUUAUUUUUAUAUUUUUUUUUUUUUAUAUACAUCUAAUUCAAAUAUGUCAUUAAAUAAAUUGACCAUCUAAUGGCUGAGCGACUUGCAAUGAUGAAAAUACCAUCAACGAGCCAACGCUCGUAUUACUACAUGAGGCGUCUGCCUCACGACCGCCACUGACAUAAUCAUGUUCAUUCGUUUAGCAUGUUGCCGUCUAUUGAGACACCGAAAGUUGAUCUACAUUUCUAUAUUCAUUUCAUUUCUUCUGUCCUUUGUGUAUGUAGUUGUUCUACCACAUGCAGUUAAGCUCCUCCAAAAACCUAAAAUUCAAGAAGUCUAUCAGUAUGUUAUCCCCGAAGAUAGUCCGACUGUUCCAACAAACUCUCGUUGUACAUUCUACGAUUGUUUCAAUAUAUACAGGUGUGGCCAUAAGUUUAAUGGGGAUUUUAAAGUUUACGUUUAUCCUAUGGCCAGACACGUUGACCAAGAUUUAAUACCUAUUGGGGGGAAAAUGUCCAAAGAAUAUCAUAACAUACUGAGUGCAAUAGUAGAAAGUCAGUACUAUACAAAGAAUCCAGAAGAAGCAUGUGUUUUUGUGUCAUCGAUCGAUACAUUAAAUCAAAACCGGUUUCGCGUGAAAGAAACAUCACAGGCCCUUGCAUUAUUACCACAUUGGAAUGAUGGUCAGAACCAUUUAAUAUUUAAUAUGGUACCAGGAACAGCACCAGACUAUAAAACUGUUGUUGAAUUGUCCAUUGGUAAAGCCAUGGUUGCUGGUGUGGGUUUUGAUUCUUGGACAUAUAGAUCAUCUUUUGAUAUUUCAAUAGCAAUUUAUAGUAGCUUAGCAAUUUCUUUAAGUAAUAACUAUACCUUUAAAUACAGAACAACAUUUAUCACCACAGUUCAAACAAAUCUUCAUGACGAUUUCAUUACUUCUUUGAAAUCAAUUGAGAAACAAAAAUCAAUGAUUAGAGUUAUAGAACCUUGCUCACUUAGUGGACAAAACAAAACAAUAGUUUGCCAUAAAAAUAUUACUUAUAACUAUGCAGACAUUUUUACUGACAGUGUGUUUUGUUUGAUAUUACCUGGUCCACGGUUAAUGGAUACAGUUUUAAUUGAUGCACUGGCUGCAGGAUGUAUACCAAUAGUAGCUAUUAAUCAUGUUGUAUUACCAUUUUUUGAAGUUAUAGACUGGAAAAGAGCCAUAAUUAUGUGGAGUGAAACUGAAUUAAAUACUUUACUAGACGUAGUUUCUGGUAUUCCUUUGGACCGACGGAAAGAUAUGUCAGCUCAAGGCCGUUGGCUAUAUCAGACAUAUUUAUCAUCGUUAAAAAUAAUUACCAUGACUGCUCUUAAGAUAUUAAGCCAAAGACUACAUCCACAUAGUUCAGAAUUUUAUGAAAAUUGGAAUUUAAGACCAAAUCCUGUAUCUGCUAGAAAUCCAUUAUUCCUUCCAUAUAUGUCAGAUUCUUCAGGAUUCACGGCAAUAAUAUUAUCUUAUGAUAGAAUAGAUAGUUUGUUUACACUAAUAAAUAUGAUCAGUAAAGCACCAAGUCUCCAAAAAAUUAUUGUUGUUUGGAAUAAUCAAUUAAAAUCUCCACCACAUUUUUCAGAGUGGCCAAAAAUUGAUGUAUCUCUCAAGGUUGUACAAACAACAGCAAACAAACUAUCAAAUAGAUUUUUCCCGUAUAAAGAAAUUGAAACAGAAGCAAUUUUAUCUCUUGAUGAUGAUAUACUUAUGUUGACUUUAGAUGAAAUUGAAUUUGGAUUUCAGGUUUGGAAAGAAUUUCCUGAUCACAUAGUAGGUUUUCCAUCUAGAACUCAUGUAUGGAAUAAUAAAACUAAUACUUGGAAAUACGAAUCAGAAUGGAAAAAUGAAAUAUCCAUGGUAUUGACUGGAGCAGCAUUUUACCAUAAAUAUUGGAAUCAAGCUUACACAUAUAUCAUGCCUAAAAAUAUCAAACAAUGGGUUGAUGAUAAUAUGAACUGUGAAGAUAUUGCAAUGAACUUUUUAGUGUCUAACACUACAAACAAAGCUCCAAUUAAAGUAACUCCUAAAAAGAAAUUUAAGUGUCCGCAAUGUAAAAACACUGAAAUGUUAUCAGCCGACCAAGGACACAUGGCUACAAGAACAUCAUGUGUGAACAUGUUUGCCGCUAUUUAUGGUAGAAUGCCGUUAAAGACUGUGGAGUAUAGAGUUGAUCCAGUUCUGUACAGAGAUAUAUUUCCAAAAAAAUUGAAGAGAUACAACAAUGUUGGAGAAUUGUGAUCAUUAUUGUGCUAUAUUGACUUUUGAGACUUUUGAUCAAAUCAUGUGACAUUUAUUAUUUUAAGUUUUUUAUUCUUUCUUUCUUUUUUCCAUCAUCAUUUUAAAGUCAAUCUAUAAUAUAUUAAAUGUUUAUUAUUAUAUAUU